AUGAGCAUAGUACAGAAAGAAACGAUCGAGGUGAUAGCACAGAGUGUUGGUAUUUCCAAUUUAUCCCCCGAUGUGUUGCCUGCUCUGGCAGCUGAUGUAGAGUACCGCGUUCGUGAAAUUAUGCAGGAAGCUAUCAAAUGCAUGCGUCAUUCGAGGAGAACUACUUUAACUACGGAUGAUGUUGAUAGUGCUCUCAGCAUGAGGAAUGUUGAGGUGUGCCUGCACGUGAUUGAAGCUCCUCUACCUAAAGCCCCAUUAGACACUGCAGUGAUUGCUCACUGGUUAGCCGUUGAAGGAGUUCAACCUGCUAUUCCAGAAAAUCCUCCUUCUGAAGCACUUCAAAUGCUUUCCCUGCCUUCUGAUAACAGAAAGACUGAAGCCAAAGAGGAGGGAGUACAUAUUGACAUUAAAUUACCUAUUAAGCAUGUCCUUUCACGAGAACUUCAGCUUUACUUUGAGAAAAUAACAGAAUUGACUGUCAGUAGAUCGGAGUCUCCUUUGUUUAAAGAAGCCCUAGUGAGCUUGGCAACGGACUCAGGGAUCCACCCGUUGGUUCCAUACUUUACAUAUUUUGUUGCAGAUGAGGUUUCUCUGAACUUGAGUAAUUUUUCUCUCCUUUUUGCCUUGAUGCGUCUUGUUCGGAGUCUUCUUCGAAAUCCACAUAUACAUAUUGAGCCUUAUCUGCACCAAUUAAUGCCACCCGUGAUGACAUGCCUGGUUGCCAGGAGAUUAGGACAUAAAAACUCGGACAGUCACUGGGAUCUUAGAAAUUUCUCUGCGAAUCUGGUUUCAUCAAUAUGCAAGAGAUUUGGCCAUGUUUAUCACGACCUCCCAAAACGUGUGACCAACACACUGUUGCAUGCAUUCUUGGAUCCGUCCAAGGCCCUCCCUCAACAUUAUGGUGCUAUCCAAGGGCUAGCAGCCAUGGGGCCUAAUGUGGUUCGGAAGCUUGUUCUUCCCAAUCUUGAGCCUUAUCUGUGCCUUCUAGCUCCAGAAAUGCAAUUAGAGACGCAAAAGAAUGAGAUGAAGAGACAUGAAGCCUGGCUUGUAUAUGGUGCGUUAGUGCGUGCAGCUGGGUUGUGCUUGCAUGAUCGCCUGAAGAAACUGCCUUCUAUACCAUCUCCAUCAGCGCAUACUGUCUUGAAGAGUAACAACAAAGUCCUGACGACAGUGUCGAAUAAACGUAAAGCCAGCAUGGAUAACGUGAUGCACCACCAGCCACCACUGAAGAAACUAGUGACAGACAAUUCUGGUGGCAACUCACUGCAAAUGGACGUGACGGGAGCCAGCAGUGGGCACUCUAAUGUGCAACAAUCAGUGCCAUACACGAAUAACAACAUGGUGGGGUCGUCAAGUGGCGGAAAAGAGUUAAUUAGUGAGCAAGGGUUGAAAAUUGUUGAUCAGACAUGGAAAGAUGAUGUGGAUGGCCAGCGGCUGUUGGUUUUGUUGUACGAGUAUUUUGGUGAAAGCAUGUUAUCAUUUGUGCCAUCACCCGAGGCAUCUUUGUUCUUGUGA